CGCUGUCCUCUGGGGGCAGUAUAAGACGUCAGAUACAGUAUACAGUACUAUACUGGAGACUGACUUUUCAGUGCAGCAAUAAUAUGUAGUUGUUUUUUCACAGAGGAUAAAGAAUAUAUGCCUAUAAACAAGGCUAGUCUUAUCUGAGUGUGCGUGGUGGGGGUGCUGCUAUACAUUCCAGUUUAACCUGAAGCACGCAGCAGCAGGAUGGUGAACUAGUGGUUAGUGCAUCUGCCGCUGCCUCUUAUCCCACCCCACAUAUUGCUUGAGUAUGGAUUUCGUUACAAUGUGGCGUGGGCUGCACUUAGGCGCCUCGAACGUAAACAAAUGUGACUGAAAACUGCGCACAUUAUCUUCUCCAAGACUGCAUGGAUGCACCCACAAAUACACCCCAACCCCACCGCAUAGACAACUUUACCAAGCAAUCAACAGGAGGCCGAACCCCACGAAGUUGCGGGGGUCAGACAUGAGGUGUUGGCCGACCAGCCAAGACAUUCGUUCUUGCACCGCCGGAGGAAGGGCCGAUGGUGGCGGCUUGAUGUGCGCCGCCAGUGCAACAGGUGGCCGGAGCGACUGUCCCCGCCGGCUACUCUCGAUGUGCUCAGGAGACGGGGCGGUGGUAUCAUAAUGGAGACAUAAUCAGCCACUCAGCCGGUACUGGGUCUUGGAGGUGCCGCUGGGACGGAACUGGUUCCGCAUCAACCUGCCGCCAUAGAGGUCGAAGGACACCAGAAACAAUGGGGCAGAGUGUGCAGACACUAGGGAAGGUGAAAAGCGGAAGAGUUCAACAGGACGAUGUCACUUGGAUGCAGGUGCGCAACGCCGUGACGUGGAAACAGUUGCAAAAAGUCGUGACGACGAGACACGAUCAACAUAACGACUAUGACCUUUACUUGGGCGCCUCUUUUGGCCACCACGUGGUGGUCCCGUAUAGAUGGCCAAAAUGGUACCCAAGUAAAGGUCAGAGGAAACAGAUCCUACUAAUAUUUAGGGGGUGGAAUUGGAAAAACAUGACGUGAACUGAUUAGGGGUAAAUAAAAAAAAGUCGUAAGGGGAGAAACCGGAGAAAACAAAAUCUGAGUCAGAGUUGGGAAGAAGGUUGUAAAGUUUGCUGUAAACUUCAAAACUAGAACAACUGGAACCUAUGAAAAUGUAGACAUAGAUUGAAGCAUACAUUAACGCAACAUUAAUGCGCAUGCUAGCACACACACUCUUCCUGACUUGAUGAAGGUGACGCUCAUUGGGGCCUUGCUGCAGUAUGAAGUGUAAAUACUUCAUACAUUGAAUUGAAGAUUUCAAGUGAACAUGGUUUGAAAGAGAAUUUAUUUGAACGGAAGAUUUGCGAAGGGAGCCGAGCUGUGCAGAGUUCAUCUCCAGUGCACUUGUAUAACUCGGCUUUUCUAACUCUAACUUUUCUAAUAGGUUUUGUAAUCUGGGAUAAUUGGCCCCUUGCUGAGAGUCAGAUUACGCCAACACCAUCGAUGCCAACAGACGUACUGCAUUGGCGUUUUUUUUUGGUCAUGUUCAAAUGUUUGGAUGUGUUUGAAAAAGUGUUAUGUAGAAAAAGUGUUCUUGUCAAUAUCUCCAGGGACGCUUUUUAAAGGUUGAUAUGAGUAAGGAAAGCCGGUUUCUCAUUUAUUGGAUGUCCUUCUAGUGCACUAGUAGAAUGACUAAAGAACACUCAUAAAACAACUUUUAUUAUUGGUGACGUUUUUUCACUAGUGUUUUACAUUACUGUAGUAAUGUAGUAAGUAACAUGUAAGUCGUUCUACUGGUGCGCCCAAGUCGUUCUUCUAGUGCGUCAUAGCCAUUCUACUAGUGUACCUUAGUCAUACUACCGUCCUAGUCAUUCUACUAGUGGGCAGAAAUAUCAUAUGGUAGUGGAAGACACAAAGCAGAAAGAAAUCAGCACGAGUGAGACCAUCGUUUUGUUCAAAAACCUAAAUUUGGAUGCACCCAUCAAAUUUUAGGUGCCGCUGUGUUCCGAGUAAAAAAAAGAAAAGUAUACUCUGGAGCCCUGAAACUAAAGUCAGUAACAAACAUAUUGUCAAAGCUAAUCUUAAUUAAUCAGAUUUAUUAUUACAAAGCUCUUAAUCUUGUCAGAUGUUGAAUAAUUACAAAUCAUCAUUGUUUUUAAAUCAUAACUUUCUUAAGGAGCGCUGCCUUCUCUGAGCAACAUGUCGUUUGAUUUGAUCUGUCGGCUGUGAGGAUGAGAAAUAAAUCCUCCUAAAGAUGCUAAAACAAUCAAAAACAAAGCCACCUGGGCACGAGUCCAGCAAAGGCUCAUAGAUUUCUUUGGAGAAAACGCAACAUUUUCACAGGCUUUCUUAUUUGUCUUUGCUAAAUUGCUGAGAAGAAAAAAAAAAAAAAAAGAUUUUUUUUCUUCCCCCAUAGAGAAUGAUGAAAUAAGCUGCUUGGUGGGCCGUGGGGAUUCCACCGAGACCCGCCACUUGUACUUGUGCAUACAGAGCACCAGAUGCAUACACAGCAAAUAAACCUGAUCAUAUGGCAUGUUGAAGAGAUGAUCCCAGCAUAAUAUCUGCAGGUUGCACAUAGGAGAAGGGAGGAUGGAUUAUUGUGGGAAGGGGAAAGUGCGUAGAGAGGGAAGAUGAGAUGGGGAACAGAAGGAACACGAGGGACAAGCGGGGAGAGAGAGUGAAGCAAAUACCACAGGAGCUGGCAAAGCCUUUUAUUCCCAAAUUGUCACUUCGCACACACAAAUACAGUAUGUAUGCAGUCCCGUCUUUUUUUUCUCCUCCCCCAAGCCUGUGUCCUGCAUUCAAACUCGGCAUCUGCACACACACAUGGUCAGACAUCUUCCUUUAUCACACACAUGCACACACUACUCGAAGAACGCUCUUCAAACAAAUGCACUCUUCAUUAAAUAUAGAAGAGUGCCCGCCUGAGCUUAACUGAGCCAGGAUACAAUUCCUCUUAUGGAAUUCACCAUCCACAGAAACGGAAGAGGACAGCGCGAGCUAAAAGCAGCAGGCCGGGAAGACAAAAAUGCACUGGUGCCUUCACAUUCAAACAAAAGAUACGAAAGAUCUAAAAUCAUCUUUCCCUACUGAAAUGAAUGGAAAUGCCAUUCAAAAAAACAACAGCCCAAAAAAAGAAAACACAUUUUGUACUGUUUUUUUUUAAAGAAGAAAAAUAGCACUCUAUAAUGUUGGACUAAAAACAAAGUAGUGACAUAAUUAGUAGUCGUAGACCUGCUUCAUGUGUAAAGUGGCCUAAGACAAAUUCUGUUGUGAUUUGGCGCUAUACAAAUACAAUUGAAUUGCAUUCAAAGAACCUUAUGCUGCUUCUUCUAGUGUGCGCGCGUUGGCCACCUGGGGGCAGUAUAACACAGACAGACACACAUGAAGAGUUUCACAACUGAAUCAGUUAGCCGAAGUAAUAUUUGUCUUUUUUGUGUGUGCAAAGGAUAAAGAACAUGCCUGUGAGCUUUGGUAUGUCUGUCUACAUGUGUUUUUACACCAUCUGUGUUCAAGUACAAUUACUAUAAAAUAUAGAAUUUUGCUAAAUCGACUUUCCCAGGCAAAGGCAUGCGGUUGUUUCUAAUACACAACGUAUUUUUUCUCAGUUUUAUGUUUAAUUUGACAGUAAACUUCAACUGGGAGUGGCAAAAGACAGCUUGAAGCGUCAACAAAAAAAAACGCUCACUGUUCUGCCAAACUGCUUCUUACUGUGAAUGAAGUUCAGUUCAGUUCACUGCCACCAUAUCGCAUCCCAAUUUUUUGCGAGCAAGUCAAAGCAAAAAAUUGGCCGAACGACUGCUCGUAUCUUGGGAAAACUUGUACAACGGGUCACUCUUAUCUCAAGGCACCACUAUACUUUGAAUUACGCCUUGACCACUGUGUGUGUCUUCUUUGGGGUCUGACCAUUCACGUAACAUCACAUUGCACUGAUUUGUAUGACCCUCUUAAAUCAUUAUUACUACAUCUCAUUUCGUAUUCAAAUGUGUGUAUGCUGCACGACGUGGUCUUUAGGUGGAUAAAUACUGCCUCCAAACUCUUCUAGUGGUCACUUUUCUCGAGGACAAAAAAACCCCAUCAUUAUAUAAUACUGUAUCAACACAUAGGCCUACUGUACGGCUGUAAAAUCAAAGUCAAAGCACACCUCUUAAAGGCAGAGUCAUCUCAUUGUUGCAGUCACAAUUCUUGAUGUGCUUUAUGUCCUUUUUUUGUCAUGUUUUUCAUAUUUUCACUGUUCUGGGACUCGGGGUUCGAAUCUUAGCUCCUACCUUCCCAUGUGGAGUUUGCAUGUUGUCCUCACGCUUGCGUGGGUUUUCCCCCGUGUACUCUGGCCUCCUCCCACCUUCCAAAAACAUGCAUGUUAGGUUCACUGAAGACCAGUGAAUGUGAGUGUGAAUGCUUGAUUGCCUCUAUAGGUGCCCUGCGAUUGACUCGCAACCAGUCCAACCAGUUGUACCCCGCAUCUCGCCCACAGUCAGCUGGGAUAGACUCCGGCUCACCUGCGACCCUCAUGAAGACGAGAGGCAUAGGAAAUGGAUUCAUGGAUUGGGUGGCUAGACAUACUGUACAUAUGUACAAGAGGUUACAAGGCUGCUUCAACACUGCCAUCUAGCUUCAUCAACAGUAAUCUGCAGACUACAGUCAAGCUGAAUGUCGUUUAAAUGUCACGGCUGUAGUGCAUAGAUGUCAAACUCAGGCCCGGGGGCCAAAUUUAGCCCACGAUGUAAUUAUAUUUGGCCCGGAAGACCAUAUUAAUUGUGUAUUAGAGCUGGCCCGCCAGUAUAUGGCACAUGCACCACUAAUAUUACAAAUCCCAGAAUGCUUUGCUAGCGUGUUGGCCCAUCAGUCUAGACCGGCGAGCGCCCCUUCCCUUUCUGUUGCAGUCGUUAGCAACUAUGCUACCAGUCUCCUCGAGCAAAUUUACACUUCCCCUUCGCAAAAAUGGAAAAAUGGAAAGAUGGAAAACAGUUAAAUUCCAAGACAGGUGGGAGGCAGAUUAUCUGUUGACUACAGUAAAAGACAGACCUGUUUGUCGUGUGCGGAGCAACGUGGAAAGAAUAUAACAAUUGAAUUCAUGUUUUUUUUUAAUGCCGUUUAUCAACUCCUAGGCAGGGACUGUUAAUAGUUUGAGGUUUGGAUUUUUAUUGAAGGACAUUCUUAUUUUAUUGGGUUGUUUUGUUGUUGGCCUUUGGAAAAAAAAAUAUUUACAUCAAAAAGAAAGGUAGUUGGAGAUAGAUAGAUAGAAGAGAGAGACAGAAGAAUUCAUGUCAUCAAUUUAAAUACAAAACAACAAACAAAUACCACUGAUGAAUUUUAUCGUAAAUUUGAUUUCUCAUGUUUAUAAUAUUAAAGACAAACUUUAAUAUUAUUAUUCCAGAUUCAGUGUUUCAGCAAAAUUUAAGUUUGUUGUCAAUGAUCAACUUUAAUGCUACAUUUCUGCAGAAAAGGGAAACAUGCACAUCACAUUGAUUUUUCAUUAAAUAUUGAGUUUGGCCCGCGACGUUGUCCCAAUUUUUAAUUUUGACCCACCGUGAAGUUGAGUUUGACACCCCUGCUGUAGUGGCUGUGUAUGGUUCUUGAGGCGCCUGGUUGUUGAAUGCUAAUGUCAGUCGUCCAAGACACCAAAGUACAAACAAGAGUCAAUGGCAAAUACAGUUGUGACCAGCUCUUCCAAAAUAAAAAAUAAAAAUUAAAAAAGAGGCUUCGAGCUGUUUAUUGCCACUCCCAGUUGAGGUUUACUGUCAAACUCAACAUAAAACAGAGAAUUACACGAUGUGUUUUUCAAACCACACACGGCUUUGCUUUCAGUCCGUUUAACUUAACAGCAACAAACAAACUAACAAUGCCGGCUAACGAAUUGCAUCGGUGUUGCAGUGUUUAAACAACAGAUAUUUGAAUACAAACAGCGGAGCAACACACGUAGAUAGAUAAUCCAACAAUACUCACAGGAAUAUAUUCUUUAUCCUCUAUGAGGAAGGACUCAUUUUACUUUGGACUUUUUUGAACGGCCCGUAUGUCUGGAUUGUACUGCCCCCCAGGUGACCAACGCGCACACUAGAAUGAUCAGCACAAUGUCCAUUGAAGCAAAAAGAUUUGGACAAAACUGUUUCAUUCUUUACAUUCUAUUCAAUUAUGGAAUUACUGUAUGUUAGUAGCACAUUAUAGAGUGCUAUUUUUCUUUUUAAAAACGCAUUACAAUUUAUUUAUUGUUUUUAUGGGGGGGCUGAGGCUGGUACUACAGAUAUUAUAAAAUGCUUGAAAUCCCAUUAUUUACAUUUGCAUUAUUGUGUCAGAUUUCUUUAAAGGCCCACUAUGGCAUUUAUGAGUGUAAACUUCUCAUCAGUAACAGCAACAAAAGACUCCAAACAAAAUCAAGUUGCUGAUGCAAACAUACAAUAGUGACAUACAGCAUACCGGUGUUCUGAGAGUACAAUGAGCAAUUACACGAAAUCAAAAAUUAACCAAAACUUCCCUUUUAGUGGUUUUCACUGAUAAUGAAAGGCUAAUGAGGAACAGUCACAAUGAGACUUGAUUUUGUCAACUCUUAAUUUCAGCCAUGCCAAGCAUGACGAGAGCAGGAUUUACCACAAUACGGUGACGUAAGGUUUCAGUGGAAGAGUGAAAGGAAUUGAAAACAAAUGAUGAAGCGGAAAGGAAGUCUGGGCUGUUGACAGAGGAAAUACACUCUGAUACACCAAAAAAACAUUGUCUCUAAAAACUCGGAAUCAGAAUUGAGAAUUAGAAAACUAUGACUUCUAAAAAUACACACAGUAUACUCUGAAUAUAUAUUUACACAGCCCUGGGAAUAACUGGCAAGGUCCAGGAUGUAGUCUGCCUUUCACUCCAAGUCAUCUGGGAUAGGCUUCAGCUCCCCAUCACCCUGAACAAGAUAAGCAGUCUGAAAAAAAUGGAGGAAUGAAUAUAAUUAGGCGGCAGGGUGAGCAACUGGUUAGAGCGUCUGCCUCACAGUUCUAAGGACCGGGGUUCAAUCCCCGGCCCCGCCUGUGUGGAGUUUGCAUGUUCGCCCCGUGCCUGCGUGGGUUUUCUCCGGAUUUCCUCCCACAUUCCAAAAACAUGCAAGGUAGGUUAAUUGAAGUCUCUAAAUUGCUCAUAGGUGUGAAUGUGAGUGCAGAUGGUUGUUUGUUUGGAUGUGCCCUGCGAUUGGCUGGCGACCAGUUCAGGGUGCACCCCCCCUCCCGCCCGAUGAUAGCUGGGAUAGGCUCCAGCACGCCCGCGACCCGCGUGAGGAGAAGCGGCUCAGAAAAUGGAUGGAUGGAUAUAAUUACACAAAUGAAUAUGAUGCAAUAUGAACACGUAAAUCCGUUCUUACAACAUCCUCGGGACAGCAGAUUCAAUAGCAACAUUGUGGAAGUUGUUUUUUUUUCACUCUCAACAUCAGAAUAUAUCAUGUCAUGCUAGUCUAUUUUUGCGAACUUUGCUCAUUCAACUCAUCCAUUAGUAUUACUCAGUGAGAGUGGAAAAAAAAAACUUGUCAUGAAAGUAAAGUAGCUUCACAAUUGAGUCAUAAGUAUAGCACAUUUGGUCAUUAUUCCUUUUAAUCAGUGACUAAACUGAGAGGAAAAGAUUGCUUCACCACUGAACAACCACAACGUUUUAUUACAAUAUUUUUUUAAAGAAAUAGCUCAAUUAAAUGCCAGUGUUAAAUAUAACUUAACUGUACUUGAAAAAAUUUACUGUACUGGAUUCAAAGAAAGUUGAAACAGUCUGUAUGCAUAGCUAGAAGCAUUUUUUUAUAUAUAUGUUUGAUUUUAUUUCAUGUUUUAAAUUUUGUUGUACAUUUUAUUUACAUUGAGAAUCCUCACCUAGAUGAUAUUCAGUAUCCCUCUUAAUGCUUUUUUUUUUUUUUUUUUUUAAAACGUUUUUUUAAUUGAACCUUUAUUUAUCCAGGUAAGGCAAUUGAGAACAGAUUGUCAUUAGCAAUGCCGACCUGGCUGCAGACAGCAGAGGACAACAAAGGAAAAAUAAAAGCAAAUGGAAAUAUAUUAACAUCAAACUGUACAAUGUGAUAGUUACAUAUUUACAUUAUACUUAACAUUACAUAUUAGCACAUGGUGAAUAAAAGGUUCAUAACAGGCUAAAAACAGGUGCAGCGAUCAUGUACAGUAUCCCUCACUAACUUCUUAAACAAUGAUAUGGGGAUGAAUGAGGUGAGUUUUAUUAUUUUUUUUGUUCCAGUUGUUUGGGGCAGAAAAUUUAGAACAUGAUCUACCGAAAUUAGUGUGGAUUUGGGGCACGGAUAGGUUACUAAAACUGCGGGAAAGGAGAGUGUGGGUAAUGGUAUGCAUGGUGAGGAGAGAGUAAAGAUUGGGUGGGGUCUUGCGAAAGAGUCUUUUAUAUUUAUCACUUGGAAUGUUGUGUAAAUCAACCCCGUCCUUUCUUGAAGUGUAUUUUUUUAAAUUUUUAGUUUGUUAUACUGUUUUAUGUUACAUCGCAAUCCCGCAUAGGGAAAGUCAACAAUGAAUGAUGAAUAAUCAAUAUUAUUAGCAGAAUUACAUGACCCCAAAACCAAAUUUUGCUGGGUCCCCUAUGUAGACUUCGUCUGGCUUUCUAUCUACCAUAAGGUCUUCGAUAAAACUAUAAGGUUCCAAUAAUAAGGUCAGCGCAAAGGUGAACUGUCUUUUUAAUGACAUUGACACUGUGAGAAAAAAUGUCAUCAAAACCAAAGAAUGAUCCAGGUACCAUGAUGCGAUUGUUGAUGUGGUGACUGCGAUCCAGCUCAGAAGUACUUUUUAAACAGACACUAAAAAUACAAAAUAAAAGUCUAUGAUUCAUAGUAUUGUUGAAUCAAAUGAGGUCUAAAAUAUACUCAAUGGACACGUUGGGAUGGACCACAACAAAUGGAUGCUUGAUGCAGGAGAGUAUUGGGAAAUCCCUCCGGUCAGUAGAAUAUAUAAUGCCGGCGUGAUGUGAAGACAAGACAAGUUCCACGAGAGGAGGCGGUCAACACAAGAGGAAUAUCAACUCGGCCAGCGACGCAACAUGUCCUCUGAAAUGUACGCACACAUCCUCGCUUUGGGGUUGCUGGCCCCUCUUGUACUGCGUGCCGCCGGAGCUCCGCUUCCAGAAGCACCCACUGUCCUUCCAGGUGACACCUCAGGUGAGGAAGAGACGGAGCCCUCCGACCUGCUGAGCUCCUCCCCAGUUUGGGACUCGGUUGUGGGUAUCGCGAAAAAACACCAGAAAGCUUUUGAAGAUGAAUUUCAAAAUAAUGCCAAGUAUCAUUUACUGGAUGAAUACAAAGUAUCCCAGCUUCCAGUAAACUGCCCCAGCUCCAACUUCAGCAAGGAGGCUUGCCUCCACAGGCUGGCCCAAGGUCUGACCAUCUACACAAGUCUUCUGAAGUACGUGGAGAAGGUCUAUCCCGGCAGUAGAAAUCUGUUCGAGGCCAAACACUACACCGGACUCCUGCUCAGGCUCAUCAAACAAAAGAUGAAAAAGACAGAAGAGGUCACAGGACUGAGCAGCAGCCAAGAGGAGAGCCUACUGGAGUCACUGGACAACCAAGAUGUUUUCCACAGAAAAAUGACGGCACACAGCAUCCUGCAGCAGCUCUUCGUCUUCCUGGUUGACGGCAAGAGAGCGCUGCGCCGGAAAGAGAGGCGGAGGGGAAGAGUCCUCGCGGUCGCAAUGUAUCAUCCAUUAUAGUAGUCACAUCCGCAAUGAAGCCCGUCUCUGGAAAGUUGGGCAAAACUUAUCAAAUUAAGGGAAGUUUUAUCUGUAGUGAAGUGUCGUAAUCCACUGACGGAAUAAUGAUGUAUUUAUGAGUUUUUUAAUGAUGCACUGAGACUUUUUUUCCCCUCAAAUUAUUAUUUAUUCUUUGGAGAAAAUAUUUAUUGCUCACACAAAAACCUGUUG